AUGAAGGCAGUGAAUCUGCAUCUUUUCUUCUUCUUUUUUUUCUUUUUUUUUAACGUUGCAGUCUUGGCCACCUCUUCGGAGCAGAGUGAGAUUGUCAACAAGCAUAAUACCCUGAGGAGAGGUGUUAGUCCCACUGCCAGCAACAUGUUGAAAAUGAACUGGAACAAUGAGGCUGCGAACAAUGCUCAGAGAUGGGCCAAUGGGUGCUCCAUGAACCACAGCCCCGACAGCAACCGAGUGAUCAGCACUAGUGGCUGUGGAGAGAACCUGUACAUGUCCAGCGUCAAGAACUCGUGGUCCAGUGCCAUCCAGUCCUGGUACGACGAGGUGAAGGACUGGAGAUAUGGACAAGGAUCGAUCAACGGAGGAGUGAUCGGACAUUUCACACAGAUUGUUUGGUACAGGUCCAACCAGAUUGGCUGUGCCAUGGCCUACUGUCCCAACUCUAGAUACAAGUACUUCUAUGUCUGCCACUACUGCCCUCCUGGUAACUACCAGUACACUCAUCCCUACAAACAAGGACGCUCCUGUGCUGACUGUCCCAACGCCUGCGACAACAAACUGUGCACCAACCCCUGUCCCUACUCUGAUAAGUACAGUAACUGCCCAGAUUUGAAGAAACAGCAUGGCUGCAACAACUCUAACGUGGCCUCUUGGUGUCCUGCCUCCUGCAAGUGUACCUCCCAAAUUAUCUAAAUACCAUCUGUUGCCUAUGACUCAUCAGUCUUUAUCAAUAAACAUAUUCCGCAUUA